AUGGACGUCGAUGACGAAAUGUACGACUCGAAGGUGCUCGAUACACUUUACAAAGCGGAGGUCAAUGCCCUCUCUCUUUGGGUGACUUCCGACUGUCGGCACUGGGCGCUGUUUCGUGUUGCAAUGGCGGAGGCGGAGAAGUCCUCUUCUGACACAGCAGAGCAAGCCAAGUAUAUCAGCACGCACCUCACCGACACGCUUUGCAGACGACCCCAGGACAUUGCGUUCCCCUUUGCCUUCGAUGCGCAGAACAUCCAGUGGUUCCUCUGGACGGCAGUCGUAUCGGGUGCGACUGAGGUAGAACACACGUCAGCAUACGCAAGGUUGCGGCGAAGCAUUAGCACCUACCAGAACUUCACGACGGACAAUGGCUAUGUGAGAGAACUCGAGAGAGGGAUCAGAUCGGCCACAUCACUACAGAAGAUUGACGACAUUGAUCGGAUCAUGAAGUACCCCGAAGGCCACAAGAUCGGACAUACCAUUGUCGGCUCGAAUCCGAAGUUACGACAGUCAUUCAUCACCCGUCAUGGAAGCACCAAAGCCGGCCAAUUCUUCAAGAGAGUGGGGGACUUUGAGAGCAGGCUCAUCGUCACGCAUAACAGCGACACGGUUGCGAAGGGUAUGCACAAGCCUCCGGGAACCGCCAAAUUCACGGAAUCCAGAAUGAACGGGUACUGGAGGGCUGUGCAUCCUCGCACCCGACUGAAGUGGCUGGAACACUACCGGCGCUUGACUGCAACGAUUGAGAGGAAUGAGAAAGAGGUAUUGGAAGGGCUGCCGGAUAUAGCACCUCCAGUUGGAGAGGUAGCACCGUGGCAGCAGAUAUCCGUCAUCAAACUCUUAACAGCUUCUAUGAAUCGUGGUCUACCACAAAGACCCGGAGCCUGGGCGCGUUCCUCAGAUCGCUGUACCGUACACGAUCGUACUGUCAGGCGCGGGUUGGGCUACCUUCUGCUACUUGAACUGCCCGGUCGACAUUCUCUGUGCCAGAUAGGCGGACAAGUCUCUCCAGUCAGCGCUACUAGAGAGGCCAGCCGCCGCGGAUGGAUCAUAGAUUUGCCACUGGCGCUCAAUCUUCUGAUCAUGACUACCCCUGCCUGCACCGUCCCUUCCUCCGGGGACAAGACCAUCACCCUCCCGGGCGACCGAAAGGUCAAUUUUGCCACCAAGAGGCUUCCCGAGCCUUAUCUUGUGGCGCUGGGUUCGACGCGGCAAAAGGAGGUGCGAGAUGAGCCACGCUUGCCAAGUCUUCUCCUGAGCGGUCAAACUAUUCAGAAUACACUUACUCCGCGCCGAUAUUUGCCACCCGCGGAUCAUCUUACUGAUAUUAUCCAGCGUCAAGGCUCAGCAUACGGCGCGACGGCACAGGUAGCAGACGUGCCCGAGAUCAAUCAGUUCGAUGGUCAAGGACCUCCUACACAGCCUGACGGAUCGGUCAGCGAUGCUGUUUUGGAGAGCUGGAAGCCUAAGCGAGAUCCCCCUUUGAGUGAGAGAGGCCGUGCUCAAUGCGAGGAUGUCAGGUUCGACCAGCUCGAGCACUUCGAAGCUGAGGGCAAGCUGCGCCCCGUCUUGGCAUGUCUCCGUGAGCAGUGCGAAGUCAACGAGAGGAGUGGGAGGAUGAGGGUGUCUGAUCUCCGAGACCAGGCAGAGCCAAGUGAGACCGAGAUCGGAUCAGAUACUUUCCCCGGAUCAAACAGAUUCCUCAGACUCGAUGGAUUGGAUGGGGCGAUCGAUCCAUUCGCGGCCCACGACACCGUCAACGAGACGGAUGCGGCGACCGAAGAGCGAUCUCGGGACGCGAUGGAGAAUCUGGCCCGGCUGAUUCAGCUCAAGCAUCAGCUCGGUCAACUCACUCGGGAAGGCAAGCCGACCACAGGGACCGACGAAGCGCCCUUGGACGUAUUGCUCUUCACACACUGGGACUACAGACGGUAUCUCCUCAAGGCAAUCACGGGACUGGACAAGGAGAAAUUCAGGUUUUCGAGGGGGAAUCUGUCGGCGCCGUUCGUUGAUGUGACACUCACGACAAAGGGGCCGGCGCCGAGCGACCUCUGGUCGGCGACCAUGACGUACACCGGACACUCACAGGGAGACGUGAUUCUUCCCAAGGAUGUCAGUAGGUGA